AUGACCAAGCAUUCCGUUAUCUCUCUGCUAUUAAUUGUAGUUUUAUCAGUGCUUGUUGCUCUUACAACUGCGUCGGAGGAAGCGCUAAUUACCAAAAAAGUUUACUUUGAUGUCAAACAAGGAGAUAAGAACCUAGGCCGUAUAGUAAUAGGCCUCUAUGGUAAUGACGUUCCCAAGACUGUGGAAAACUUUCGUGCAUUGGCCACUGGAGAGAAAGGAUUUGGAUAUAAGGGUUCCAAGUUCCAUCGGGUGAUUAAGGACUUUAUGAUUCAAGGCGGUGAUUUUACAAAGGGCAAUGGUACCGGUGGGAAGUCAAUUUAUGGAAGUUCUUUCCCUGACGAGAACUUCAAAUUUAAACAUACCGGACCGGGUAUAUUGAGUAUGGCAAAUGCUGGAAAAGAUACCAACGGAUCACAGUUUUUUAUCACUACUGUUCCGACCCCAUGGCUAGAUGGUCGUCACGUAGUCUUUGGUAAAGUGGUUGAGGGACUGGACAUAGUUUUGAGUAUUUCAAAUACAGAAACUGGUUUUCAAGAUAAACCAAAAGUCGACGUGGUUAUUGCAAACUGCGGAGAGAUUAAAGUUGGCGAAACAGGGAAACCAUUGAAACAGCAGGAACUAUGA